AUGGCCGUCUCCAAUGCAAUCCAGGAUCUGUUUAGUAGCAUCUACGAGCUCCUCUCCUCCAUCUUCAACGCCUUUUAUCACGUUCUGCAGACCAUCUUCAACACCAUCAUCGGCUUCUUCACCGGUCUCGUCAACCUCAUUACCGACGUAUUCCAAGGCGCAAUCGAUGUCGUUGGCGGACUCGGAAAAUUUGUCUUAAGCAACUUCGUCAUCAUUGGCGUCAUCGCGGCCGGCGGCUAUGCCUACGUCCGGUACACCUCGCAAGGUCGACAGGUCGCUACCGGCAAGAAGACUGCCUAA